AAUGCGUGCCGUCCUCGCCGUCGAGGCGCGGAUAUCACUUCAUGACCAAUAAUUGAGAUGGUUGUUCGCGACCGGUAGUGUAUUGCGUUCCGAGUUUUAAGAGAAACGUUAAUAAUAAGACGAGACUAAAUUCCAUCGCAGGCCCAUCGCAUUAGCACUACUCAUGGCGCAUCAAAUGCUCUCGUCGGCCAGCAAACUGGAAAGACUGAUUCUCAGACCCACUCAGAAAGGUUAUUUCGACACGCUUCAGUUGAGGCAACAUUUAACCCUGCUUAAAAAUGGUACAACAUUAUCCAUGAUUGAGGAGUUACAACAAAAAUGGAGAUUAUUUUGUAAAGAGCCACCUAAAGGAUUCGAAAAGUUCUUUAAACCAGGUGGAGCUAAAAGUGCUGAAAAAAGUGCUGAAAAUGUUGCUAAAAAGGCGGAAGAAGCAACGAGCAAGAAAACUACACAGAAACCUUCUUCAUCUACCUCUAGUUCAUCAUCCAGUUCCAAAGAUCAAGGUUUCCAAUGGGCAUUUAAAGUUUUCAGUGACAGUUCACGAGGAGGUAAAUCGUUUGAAGGUGGUGACAAGGAUAGGACAUUCAUGAUUUUGGGUACACUUGGCGUAACUGGUCUGCUUGCAUAUAUAUUAUCUCAUGAUUACAAUCAGAAGGAGAUCACAUGGAGAGAAUUUACAUACAAUUAUUUAAGCAAAGGUCUUGUUAACAAAUUAGAAGUAGUAAAUAAAAAAUGGGUGCGUGUAAGACUUCUACCUGGACAUACUGUUGAUGGUUCUGAUACAUUGUGGUUUAAUAUUGGAAGUACUGAUACUUUCGAAAGGAAUCUAGAAAAUGCACAAAUAGAAUUAAACAUGGGACCUGAGAAUUAUAUUCCUGUGGUUUAUAAAAAUGAAAUAGAAACUGUAAAUAUAAUAUCAUAUUUGCCGCAAAUUCUUAUGUUGGGGCUGCUCAUUUAUUUCAUGCGAAGAUCUGCGGAAGCAAUGAUUGGUAAAGGAGGUAAAAGAGGUGGGCUUUUUGGUACUGUAAUGGAAUCGACUGCAAAACUAAUAAAUUCGAAAGAUAUUGGUGUACGAUUUAAAGAUGUUGCUGGAUGUGAAGAAGCUAAGAUCGAAAUUAUGGAAUUUGUAAAUUUCUUGAAGAACCCACAGCAAUAUAUAGAUCUUGGGGCUAAGAUUCCAAAGGGUGCUAUGUUAACAGGGCCGCCUGGUACUGGUAAAACUUUGUUAGCCAAAGCUACGGCUGGUGAAGCGAACGUACCUUUCAUUACAGUAUCCGGUUCGGAAUUCUUGGAAAUGUUUGUGGGUGUCGGUCCAUCUAGAGUACGCGAUAUGUUCUCUAUGGCACGAAAGCAUGCACCGUGUAUAUUAUUUAUUGAUGAGAUUGAUGCGGUUGGACGAAAGAGAGGAGGUCGGAAUUUUGCGGGACAUUCUGAACAAGAAAACACAUUGAACCAGCUCUUGGUAGAAAUGGAUGGAUUUAAUACGACAACUAAUGUGGUGGUAUUAGCGGCCACUAAUAGGGUAGAUAUUUUAGAUAAAGCAUUACUUAGACCUGGAAGAUUCGAUAGACAAAUAUUUGUAUCUGCGCCGGACAUUAAAGGACGGGCGUCCAUUUUCAAAGUGCAUUUAACUCCUUUGAAAACUUUAUUAGACAAAGAUCAGCUAGCGAGAAAGAUGGCUUCUUUGACUCCUGGGUUUACAGGAGCUGAUAUUGCGAAUGUUUGCAAUGAAGCAGCUCUGAUCGCGGCAAGAGAUUUGAACGAUAAUAUCCAACUUAAAAACUUCGAACAAGCUAUCGAAAGGGUAGUAGCUGGCAUGGAAAAGAAGACCAAUGUAUUGCAACCUGAAGAGAAGAAGACAGUCGCGUACCAUGAGGCCGGUCAUGCGGUAGCCGGCUGGUUCUUAGAGUAUGCAGAUCCACUUUUGAAGGUAUCCAUUAUUCCGCGUGGUAAAGGAUUGGGAUAUGCUCAAUAUUUGCCACGUGAGCAGUAUCUCUAUACGAAGGAACAGUUAUUCGAUCGAAUGUGCAUGACGCUCGGUGGACGAGUAUCGGAAGAAAUCUUUUUCGGCCGUAUAACAACAGGCGCUCAGGAUGAUUUACAGAAGAUUACAGAAAUUGCGUAUGCACAAAUUACGCAAUACGGUAUGAACGAGAAGGUUGGGAAUGUCAGCUUUCAAAUGCCGAAGCCAGGAGACAUGGCCUUAGACAAACCAUAUUCCGAAUAUACUGCGCAACUCAUCGACAAUGAAGUUCGAGAGUUGAUCGAUAGGGCGCAUAAGCGAACGCGAGCCCUUCUGAAUGAGCAUAAAGAGAAUGUAAUCAAGGUUGCCGAAAGAUUGUUGAAACAAGAGAUUUUAAGCAGGGACGAUAUGAUCGAAUUGCUUGGUGCUCGACCUUUCCGCGAGAAAUCUACUUAUGAAGAAUUCGUUGAAGGCACUGGCUCUUUUGAAGAGGAUACUACGUUACCAGAAGGUUUGAAGGAAUGGAACAAACCUAAGGAAGAACCCUAUGAGGAUGGUGACAAAAAGGAUAAAGCGGCAGAAACUAGCGAAUCACAAGCACAGCCUUCUAAAACAGCCUCCACCAGUAAUAAACAGCCGCAACAACGACUAUAACUUGUAACAUUUUAGUCUCGCAACUGCUUUGUAUAAUAGUUCGAAAUACACAAUCAUAACAAGUAUAUAAGUUUA